AUGGCUGCUCAGAAAGAUCUCUAUGACGCCAUUGUGAUCGGGGCAGGCAUCCAGGGCUGCUUCACUGCGUACCACCUGGCCAAACACAGGAAGAGGGUCCUCCUGCUGGAGCAGUUCUUCCUCCCGCACUCCCGAGGAAGUUCCCAUGGGCAAAGCCGGAUAAUCCGAAGGGCGUACCCUGAAGACUUCUACACCCAGAUGAUGGCUGAGUGCUACCAGAUAUGGGCCCAGCUGGAGCAUGAGGCGGGAACCCAAUUAUACAGGCAGACUGGACUACUGCUGCUGGGAAUGAAGGAGAAUGCAGAAUUAAAGAUAAUCCAGGCUACUCUGUCUAGGCAGGGAGUGGAACACCAGUGUCUUCCAUCUGAGGAACUGAAGCAACGUUUCCCCAAUAUUCGGUUGGCCAGGGGAGAAGUGGGGCUCUUGGAAAAGUCUGGAGGAGUUCUCUAUGCUGACAAGGCGCUCAGAGCCCUUCAGGAUGCAAUUCGACAGCUAGGAGGCAUAGUGCAUGAUGGAGAGAAGGUGAUGGAGAUAAAACCAGGGCUACUGGUCGUGGUGAAAACCACCUCCAGGAACUACCAAGCCAAGAGUUUGAUCAUCACAGCAGGUCCUUGGACCAACCGGCUCCUCCAUCCCCUGGGCAUUGAGCUGCCUCUCCAGACCCUGCGGAUCAACGUGUGUUACUGGCGAGAGAAGGUUCCCGGAAGCUAUGGUGUGUCCCAGGCCUUUCCAUGCUUCCUGGGCUUUGGCCUGGCUCCUCGCCACAUCUAUGGAUUGCCCUCCGGAGAGUACCCAGGGCUGAUGAAGGUCUGCUAUCACCACGGCAACAAUGCAGAUCCUGAGGAGCGGGACUGCCCUGCAGCUUUCUCAGACAUCCAAGACGUCCACAUCCUGAGCUGCUUUGUCAGAGAUCACUUACCUAACUUAGAGCCUGAGCCUGCUGUUAUGGAGCACUGCAUGUACACGAACACCCCUGAUGAGCACUUCAUUCUUGAUCGACACCCAAAGUACGACAACAUUGUCAUUGGUGCUGGAUUCUCUGGGCAUGGGUUUAAGCUGUCCCCUGUUGUGGGGAAGAUCCUGUAUGAAUUAAGCAUGAAAUUAAUGCCAUCCUAUGACUUGACACCUUUUCGAAUCAGCCGCUUCCCCCGCCUGGGCAAAGCCCACAUUUGA